GAGUUCAGUGUUUGUGUAUAUUUUUUACAUAGUGUUUGUGUAAGAUUUCUAUACAACAAAAAAAUGGAAAAUGAAAAUCUAGCUCAUGGUGGUCGUGGGAAGGUAGUUGAUGAGUUGUUAAGAGGGCGUGAACUUGCAAACAAACUUAGAAAUAUUCUGAAUGAAAGUGGUGAUAUUUAUAAUAAUGAUGGAUCAACAAUACCACCAUUUGCUGAAGAUCUUUUGAAGGAAGUGCUUACCACCUUUACUAAUUCUCUCUUGUUCUUGAACAAUAAUCCUACUUCAGAGGGCUCUGAUAUGCAACUCACCAAAUCUGAAGACUCUUUGGAAAGUAAUUGCAAGAGUUCCAUUGUAAAGGAAAGAAGAGGCUGUUACAAAAGAAGAAAAAUUUCACAAACAUGGGAGAAGGAGUCUGAACAGCCUGAAGAAGAUGGUCAUCAGUGGAGAAAGUAUGGCCAAAAAAAGAUCUUGCACACCGAUUUUCCAAGGAACUAUUACAGAUGCACUCACAAAAAUGAUCAAGGUUGCAAAGCAAUAAAACAAGUCCAAAGAAUUCAAGAGGAUCCACCUCUUCACAGGACAACCUAUUCAGGCCAUCAUACUUGUAGAAUCUUGCAAAACCCUGAGAUCAUAGUAGAUUAUCCUACUGAUCACUCUUCCAUGUUUCUUAGUUUUGACAACUCUUUCCCAACACCAGCCAAACAAGACUGUCCUUUUCUCUCAGUGAAAAAGGAGGAGUGCAAGGAAGAGGUUGUUCAUCCUCCUCCUUCUUCAAAUGAUUACCUCUCUGGACUCACUUUUGAUGAUCCAGAAAAGGAUGUCACACUAUCAUCAACACUUGAUUCUCAUGAUCACUUAGGUGUCCAUAUUUCUGAUAUCAUGUAUGAUGAUGUCCUUAAUUGGCCUCUUUCUUGAAAUUUGAUUAUUCACUAAGUUUUGAUCAAUGAACUAUCCAUUGAGGUGUGUUUUUCUAAUAUGAAUUUUAGAAAUGUAGUGCAAAUUGUGACAACCUUAUGUUGGCCGGAAUUCCAAACUAUGCUUGAAUUCAUCAAUGCAAGGUUUCAGGUUUGAACUUGACGGAUAGAAAGCUGAGACCCAUUAAAGGUAGCCAACCAACCAGAUUUUCGAUUGAGAUUAGUCAUCGUCAUCGACAAAAUAAAUGCUAUUUGGAUCAAUAACGUGGUUAAAAAAUUGUGGAAGAUGAUCAAUAGCUAGGUUUAGUUUCAAAUUAUGUAAAAUAUGUUUUGUACUUACCCAUUUUCAAUGAAUGAUAAAAAAAAUGUUACAUAA